AGAUAUACCAGUCUCCUGCCCUGAUUCAUCAUGGAGAGCCCACACGAGCACCAGCAGACAGUGCUGCUGUCGCGCAUCAUUACGAACGUUGAGAAGCUGAAUGAGGCCAUUAUGGUCAUGAACAAGAGUCUUCAGGAGGUCAACAUUCAAAAUAUGAACGUUGAGCUAGUCGCACAAAUGUUCAAAAACUACCAGUCGAAUAUCCUCUUCCACCUUGAAGCUACGGAGAACCUCAAGGAGCCGUCCUAGGCGAGAGCGGCAGGGAUGUGGUAGAAUUUACGAUUAAUGCACUUAUGGAUAUUGUGACACCUUUG